AUGGGAAUCUGUCAAAGUUCAAUUAAUAAACUGAAUAAAAAUCAAAAGAAUAAACACAAUGAAGGGAAAUACACUUCAAAUACUAAUAAAAUUGAUAAGUCGAAAACUGUUAGAAUUUUUGACUACAACCAGAAUAAAAUAGUGGAAGUACCAGUUUUGGUGCCUGCCACUUAAAAUUCCCUUUAUUCUAAAAGAUAGUCUCAGAGUCCGAUUACCAAUCCAAAUAGUAGGCAACUAAUACCCUAAUCCUCAUGA